AUGAGUUUAGAAGGUUGUAAAUCCCUAAGAGAACUCCCAAACUUCACCAGAAUCCCCAACUUAGAAGAGCUGAAUUUAGUUGGUUGUGAAAGUUUAGUUGAGGUUCAUCAGUCUGUUGGAUCCCUAGAUAAGCUUGUGACCUUAGAUCUUGGAGGCUGCUCUAACCUUGUUAAGUUGCCAACCGAAAUUAGCUUGAAAUCUCUCCGUGUUUUGUAUCUUAGUGGUUGCACUAGCUUGAAAUAUCUACCAUUCAGCAUUUAUGGGUUGCAAAAUCUAGAGACUCUAAAUGUGAGUGGAUGCACAAAGCUUGUUACAUUACCAACAAAAGCAAGCAUUUCACAUGAUCAUGACAGUGGUUCACUAGUGCUUCCCAAGCUCCGUGUACUCAGAAUCAAUGGAUGUAAUUUAUCAACUGCUGAUUUCAUUGUGAGUCUUGAUUGCUUGGAAACAUUAACUGAACUUGAUCUCUCAAGUAACAAUUUUGUUAGUGUUCCUGCACUUUGCAAAUUUGUCAACUUGCCAAGGAUUGACUUGUAUUGUUGCAAGAGACUUCUAGAAAUUCCAGAGCUUCCACCAAAUAUACUCGAGGUAAAUGCAAGGGAUUGCAAAUCACUGGAGGGAUUUUUUAUAUUGCCCAAGUCUUUGAAUAUGCUAGAGAUGCUCUUGUGGAAUUGCCAUAGAUUUAGUUACAGUCUGUGCUAUGACAUGAUGGAAAAUAUUUUGCUGAAUAAUCAGAACAACUCCCCGUUUAAGCUUGGAUUACUCGGUUGUGAGGUUCCGAAGUGGUUCCAUUUUUCGAAGGAGGUUGCUGCUUAUGAAUACGGCCUGUCGAGUGCCUGUGCAAUUUCUUUUGAAAUCCCUAGCAAAUUGAAUUGGGAGAACAUAGGAGUGGCUUUUUGUUCUGUUGGGAUAAUUUCCACUUUUUUUAUGGACCAUCGAGCUGAUAUUUCUAUCAAGGGGUUUUUCAUAGAUGAGAGAUUCUAUUGGCGCUGUCCCCGCAGUCCAACGCCAAUUGGCCAUAUGUGGCUAACUUAUAUUCCAUUAGCCAACCUAUCACAAACGAUGGAUAUCUAG